AUGUCGUUGCAACACGCCGAGGCCAUGGCUCCCCCGGGCGACUUCUCGCAUCGGACGCCCAAGCCGUUGCCUUUCGAGUUGCUUCAGCAUACUGGCAUUUUCUUUGAGGAAAAACUCUAUACACGCGCGUUAGAGCUUUUAUUUAGCACCCUUGCGUCAGGAACCUAUGCCUCCAACAAUGUCCUAGUGCCCUUGCCGCAGCAUCUUGCCCUUGCAGCGACUUUUUUGGUCCAUCCGUCGACGACGACGCGCGCCAAGUCCACCGAAGAAAAAGAUGCGCCAGAUGUUGCCCUGCGACUCCUGCGACUCUAUAGCGCCCAAGUCAACCCCAUGGAGGCAAAGCUCAACCUUGCCUUCAGUUUUACGCAGUCUAAACUCUCGCGAUCAGGAAGGCGAUGCCACGAGGAGCAUGAUCCGACCAGUGAAUUACGUCACGACGAGACCCGGCUGCUGAACCUCGAGCUGGGCAAGGGAGACUCGUUGUGGUCUCGUGCGGAGGACUUCUGGCAUGCUGUAGGCUGGGCGUUCAAUUGCUCCGUACUGCAUCCGGAACGAUGGGACCGCUGGCAGAUCUGGCUGCAUUUCAUGUGUGACAUACUUAUAGACGACUGGACACAGCGAGAGCAGACGUACGAGGCGACGCAAGCACAGAAAAAAGACAAUCCCCAAGAUGGUAUACCAGAGGGAAACGGCAAAAGAAGGGGCCGAGGAAGACAACCCCUGGAAGAUGACCUAGGCGUCUUUCGGGAGAGUUUGAUCUUUCAGUAUAUCUCCGCCGGCGUGGGGCACAGAAAUACUCGCCGGAUCGUAAGGGCCAUCUUUGCGGACGGCAGUACCGCCUCGGUGAAUGAGUUUCGAGAAGUGUUUGAUAAGGAGCUUGCAUCUCUCUCGGCGCAUAAACACGGAGCAAAGGCGAAGAAGAGAGAGCGCGAAGUCAAUAUCGACAAGGAAGAAUACGGUGACUACUUGACCGAUGAUAGCGAUGAGGAUGCCUCUGUCUCUGGUCAGAGCAAGCCACAGUCCCGCGCCCCCACGCCCCUGGGUGAUGUGUCGAAGGGGAGGCGCUCGAAGCGCACUCGGCGAGGCACCAGGAACGCGUCCGAUCCAAGUGGCGCAGAGCCCGCUCCCGAAGCUUUCGAUGCAUGUCGAACCGCCCUCGCUCACAAUAGUGGUGGUGUCUCUCACAUGGGCGGCCUUGACUCUCUUGGACUGCGUAAGAAGUUCCUCGGCAUUUUAUCGAGAGUCUCCGAUUAUCUGCCCAAGGACUUUAUCAAGCUGGGUGAACUCUACCACUUCUUCGUGGAGCAGAUCCGCCACAUGCCCCUGCCGAUCUUCCAAGUCUUUGUCAAUCCAUUUGUGGCUCCGGAACUUGACGAUGAAUCGCAAUCCACUCUCUGCGAGUUUCUGCUGUUCAACAUGAUUGAAAGCUCUGCACGGACAUCGCACGAUAAUUACCUCACCGAUGCCAAGCUGGAACAAUGCUUUCUCCCAUACGCAGCCGCUACGGCCAGUGUGGUCGACGAUGCCAAAUUCUCUAUUCUUCUUGAAUCACUAGUCACUCUGUUGGCGGGCCAGAAUAUGCUCAAACUCACGCCCUCCCUGAAAUCCGCCGUCAAAGCUGGGAUUCGCCGUCGGGAGGAUAAGGAGUCAUACCGCAGCCAAGCUAGCCGGAAGAAGAAGUCGCUUGAAUGGUGCUGGCUAGAGGAAAGCGGGCAGAGAUUGAUGUUCCUGGUUGAUCUUCUCGAGGUCCAGGACGGUUAG